AUGUCAGCAUCUGGGUGGGCGACCUGGGGUUCCCACCAAUCUGACCAACAAUCCUUUCCCCACGAUGACAGAAAUGACAUCGAUAAUUCCUCAGGACAUCUCUCGGGUCUGGCACCUGAGAGUUACAACCCCAUUCUCUACGUUUCCGGCUUCGAGCCGGGUGACGGCAGUCAACAGCCAGCCUCUGGUCAAUACCACCAGCCUUGCACGCACCAACAGGGCCCCCAAUGGUGUUUCACGCACUCAGAGUCUCAUUUAUACUCGCACAUGCCUCAACCCAACAACUCCUACGGUAUAUCGACUCCUGGUGAGACCCAGCAAGGGGCGGGCUCCCCUCCUGGUAUCAACAUGGACGAAAGAGGAUUGCAGUCGCUGCCGCCGUCUGUCGAUCGGUAUAUACAGGAUUCCCAACAGCAUGAGUUGGUUGCUUGUUCUAUGGUCUCGCGGCACGUCCGCAAGAGCGAGAAGCGGCAUAGGACGAGCGCUCAACGCCGGGUGGAAGAGGCGGAUUUGGGUGUAUAUGGCAGACACCAUUCUCUGGACCUCCGCCUCAGUUUGCAGGACUUCACUUCGAACCUCGAGUCACAGCGGGUUUCAUCACGUCGAAUUUGA